AUGAGUGACGAAGUAAUUUAUGGUUCUCGCCCUGAUGGUCCCAUUUGUUUUGGGAGCCACAUUUCUUUAAAGCAUAACAUGAGUGGUCGUUAUUUGACUUCUGAAGGUGGUCGUCAUUAUGAUAAUGGUAGUGGUCAACAAGUUGUCUUUACUGGUGGUUGGGAAGCUACUCCCGAAACCACUUUUAUUGUCAUUCCUCGCUUGGGUGAUGAAAUUGACAGUGGUGAUGUGGAAGUCAACUUUGGUGAUGUAAUUCGUCUUAAGCAUAUGCCAACAAGAACCAAUCUUCACUCACAUCCUGAUAUCCCAAGCCCUGUUACUGAACAACAAGAAGUGACAUGUUUCGGUGAUGAUUUCAAUAGUGAUGAAAAUGAUGAAUGGAUUGUGGAGCAAUGGACUUUUGACGAUGAAGAAAAUGAACAAUAUGAUGAAGGAGACAAUACUUGGUAUACUGGUCGCUCCUUCUUCCUCCGUCAUAAAGCCACUGGUGUUACUUUACAUAGUCAUGAUGAAUCCCUUGAUUCUGAUAACAAUGAAGUUACUGGUUAUGGUGAUGGUCCUGAUGAAAAUGACAGAUGGCGUGUUGUAUUCUAUUAA